GCACGACUGGUGAGCUUAAGAGUGAGAGGAAGAGCGACCUGACCAUCAGACUGAGGGGCACCAAGAAACCAGAGCACAUCUGUGUCACUUUUCCAGGUCGUAUUCCAGCUGUUGAGUGCUGACAAUAAAGGUCACAGCCAUGCGUCCAGCUGUCAUCCUGCUGUUGGUGUGCGUCCUGUUCAUGGCGACAGUGGAAGGUCGUCGUCGUCACCAUCAUCAUCAUCAUCAUCAUCAUCAUCUUCUUCAUCAUCUUCAUCAUCUUCUUCAUCGUCAUCAUCAUCAUCAUCAUCAUCAUCGUUGGCACUUUCCUCGCUUUUGGGGUCUACGUUGGAAGUGCCAGAGGUUAUCAUGUGGUCAAGGAUGGAUGCGCCUGAGCGGGAGAUACUGUGUUAAAGUCAUUCGGAGUCCGCAAACCUUUUAUAAUGCACAGAGAAUCUGCCGCUCCUUAAAUGCCAAUCUGCUGUCAAUACACAGUCAUUUUCAGAUGAAACGCAUGAAACUUGUGGCCAAGUGUGCCAGAACUCAUUAUGCAAAUGUAUGGACUGGCGCCAGAAGGACAUGUGGGAGACUUCACUACACUGAUGGAUCAAGGUUCAACUUUGCUUCAUGGUCUCGAGGUCGGCCGAACUACAGAGGAGGAAAGAACUGCGUCUCGAUGAACUUAAGAUGGUGGUAUCGAUCAUUUGCGACUGCAAGAUGCUCCAGAAGGAUGUUCUUUGUGUGCGGCAAGAAGAAGUGAUCAUCACCAGCUGAUGUUUGCUCCCAUAUUAAAAGUCAGCGUCGACAUGACAGCUGAUCACAUAUGCAGCUUUUCUAUCAUUCUCUUGCUCUGAUAACCACUGCAAACACAAGCUUUCAAAUUUACCGCAAUAAACUUGUCAGCAUUCAA